AUCACUAUUGGUUGGGUAAACUCAUGGGCGGGGAUUGUGUGUGGCUUCAGCGUAUAAAAUGGGCUUAAAUUCAAAACGUUGUUAAUAUCUUAUGCUGAAGUAGGUCUGGUGCGGUGAGUGUCUUCAAAUAUGAGGACGAUGUCUAGUGAUGUACCUGACCAGACAGAUUUGGUGAAACGGGUUCCCAAACCUCUCAUGGAGAAGCGGAGGAGAGACCGUAUUAACCAGAGUUUGGAAACAUUGAGGCUUCUGUUGGCGGAGAACACAUGUAAUGAGAAACUGAAGAACCCCAAAGUGGAAAAAGCUGAAAUCCUGGAGAGUGUUGUUAAUUUCUUGAAGGCUGAGCAGCAAUCCAGACCAUACUCGUAUCCGAUCAAAAAAGGAAAGAGAAAAUAUGAGGAAGAAGAUGAGCUGGGAUCGCCUUGUAAACGCCAACUGAACUACCAUGAUGGCAUGAGAACAUGUCUGCUCAGAGUUAGUAAUUUUAUUGCAAGCAAGAGCCAAGAGUUAGAGGGGAACAUGCAGGUGACCAUGCAACAGGAACUUAAAGACCAUUCAAUUCAAAGUCACCUAGUGCCCGCUCUGCACCUCAGACAUGAUGGUGAGUCUAUACCAGGGCAGCAGGCAUUUACUUAUGUGGAGUCGACCAGCUCCUGCAUGGCAUUGGAUCAGUCCUUAAUUUCUCAAAGUACUGCCAUAUAUGAGCCUACAAAGAUGACAGCUUCCAGCUCUAAACUGCCUUUGAUGUCAAGUGAUUCUGUGUGGAGGCCUUGGCCACAGUAGAGACAAACCAUCAUUAAAUGUCAUCCAAAAACUGAUCAAAAUCAUUCACAGAUUGAAUUUAUCAAGAGCUCAUAAUGUUUAUGACUCAUUUACAUGCAAAAGACUGUGAAAUGUGCAGCAUAUGUAAAUAUGUGGAUUUUGUACAAUAGCUACUGAAAUCUUUAUUUUGAUA